AUGAUAAGCAAAUAUAAAGCAAAUGCACAAACUAAAAAUGAUACUGCAGCUUUGUAUGAGCAUCUUUCAAAGUUACAACAAAAAAACCAAAAUUGGUAUUUCAAGAUUGACUUUGAGGAAGAUGAUUAUAAAGAACCGCAGAUAUUGUUAGAUAUAGCUUUAGAGAAUUGUGCUGAAGGUAGUAUAAAUGAAAUUUGGAAGAAUGUUUCAAGUAUUAGAAAGGAUUGUGAACAUAAAGUUAAUAAUAGAGAUAUUGUAAAAUUGGAUUCAAAAAAAGUUUCUUACUUUCAUAGUUUUGGGCUUUGUAAAAAAGCUUUAGAUAUGGCAAUCAUGAGUGGUUCUAAUAAAGUUUUAAAAGAUCUUCUGCAAGAAUUUAUUGAUGAUCAAAUUUCAUUGCAAAGUAAAAAUAAUUAUGAGCUACUGAACAGAGAUUAG